UUAGCUACACCUUCCUUGCAGGUCCUGUGAUAUUUCUACAUGCUGCGUUCAGCAUGGCACCCAUACGAAAGAACCGUAAGAAAGUAGUCAAAACAAAUGUUGAUAAUGUAAAGAACGUAUUUGAAAACGAUAACGAUGGAGACGAAAGAGAAGAAAUUAAUGAAGAUAUUAAUGAAGAUGAUUCUCAAUCGGACGGUGAAUUCAAUUUGGACGAGGUUUUACGUUUGGGUGGAACCAGAGCUGACUAUACCUUACUUGUCAACAUCACCGACGAGAACGAUCUUGUCGAUGGUGGUAAAAAAGGAGCCAUUGAUGACCUGGAACCUGAAGAGUUGGAAACGUUCAUCACUAAGUUGGGCAUCCGCUCAUACAAAGACCAACAGAUUGUACCAGACGAGCCUACAGAGGAAGAGAAGGCAGAGACCAGCCAAAAGGGGAGCAAAAAUGCUGAUGCCAAGAAAACUAAGUUGGUUGAACAGAAACCCAUUGAGGCGAAAGGCAAGGAGUUGCCUGACAAAACUCCAGUGGAGACAAAGAACAAGGGGAAUAAAGAGACUGGAAAGAAAGUUAAGAUAAAUGCAAACACAUUUGAGUUUCAGCAAAGGCAGCUGCUGCUCAUCAAACCAGGUGGUAAGUGGUUUGAUCUGGAGUACACAACAGAAACUACAUCUGACCCGCAAGAUGAAUCUCUGGUUUCCCAGUACAAGGCCCUGGCUAUAAGACUGUUUGAGGCUGAAACGGGGCUUUACAAGACCAAGAAGAACAUGCAGAAGGGGGCCAAUUCAGCCUGGAUGAAGAACGUUGUCUCUGCCGGAACGCUCAUAGACAGGAUGGCAGCCAUGACUGUCCUGAUACAGGAUUCCCCAGUGCACAGCAUUGAGCACAUCGAGAACCUGGUCACCAUGGUGAAGAAGAGGGGCAGCCGCAGACAGGGCCUGAUGGCUCUGGACACUCUCCGGGAGCUCUUCAUGUCCGACCUCCUCCCUGACGACCGCAAGCUCAGGACGUUUGCCCAGCAUCCCUUUGACAAACUGGAGACGAUGGCAAGCGGGAACAAGGACGCACGCGACCGCCGCCUCAUCCUGUGGCACUUUGAGCACCUCCUGAAGCACCACGUGGCCGACUUCGUGGUGGCCCUGGACGUCCUCGCCCACGACACCGUGGCGGCCACCAAGGCCAAGGCCCUGGCCACAGCCCACGAGCUGCUGAUGGAGAAACCUGAGCAGGAGAGAGCCGUGCUCAUCCAGGUGGCCAACAAGCUAGGAGACCCGGAGUACAAGACUGCAGCCAAGGCCUCCUACCUGCUGGAGACCGUUCUGCACAAGCACCCCAACAUGAAGAUGGUGGUGUGCAGCGAGGUGGAGCGGCUCAUGUUCCGGCCCAACGUCAGCCUGAAGGCGCAGUACUAUGCCGUGUGCUUCCUCAACCAGGUGUUGCUGAGCCACGAUGAGGCCGAGCUCGCAGGCAAACUGAUCUCCAUUUACUUCUCCUUCUUCCGGGCGUGCAUCAAGAAGAAGGACGUGGAGUCCAAGAUGCUCGGCGCCCUGCUGUCUGGCGUGAACAGGGCCUAUCCGUAUGCCGAGACAGGAGAUGAGAAGGUGAAAGAGCAGCUGGACACGCUGUUUAAAGUGGUGCAUCUGGCCAAGUUCAACACGGCUGUGCAGGCUCUCAUGCUGUUGUUCCAGGUGAUGGAUUCCCAGCAGAUUGUCUCCGACCGCUUCUAUGUGUCUCUCUACAGGAAGCUCAUAGACCCGGGCCUGUCUCAGUGCUCCAGGCAGAGUAUGUUCCUCAACCUGAUUUAUAAGUCCCUGAAGGCUGACAUCGUCCUGCGCCGGGUUAAAGCAUUUGUCAAGAGGCUGCUGCAGGUCAGCUGUGAGCAGAACUCAACCUUUGCCUGCGGGGCUCUGUUUCUGGUGUCAGAGGUCAUGAAGUCCAGACCAGGCCUCAAGCUACUGCUGCAGGAGGAUGGGGAUUGUGAAGAGGAGAAGUUCAAAGAUUUAAAGGAGGAGGAGGAUGAUGAUGAUGAGGAGGAGAGGUUUGUGGAUGCUGAUAAGGAAGAGGAAGAACCAAGUGAGAAGAGGCCAGAAGAGCUGAAACCCAUGGCCUCGUCCUGGGUACAUCACCAAAACUUAGAAGGUGGGAAGAGUGUGGAGGGUAAAUACGAUCCCCUGCACAGGAACCCACUGUUCUGUGGGGCUGAUCACACCACCUUAUGGGAGCUGCACAGGCUCGCCGCACAUUUCCACCCCUCUGUGUCACUGUUUGCCAAGACAAUCUUACGGGGAGAGUUCAUCAGCUACACCGGAGAUCCUCUCCAGGACUUCACUCUCGGCAGGUUCUUGGAUCGCUUCGUCUUCCGGAAUCCCAAACAGCUGAAGGGCAAACAGCACACAGACGCUGCGGUGAUGCAGCCCAAACACAAGCAGUCCAUGGGCAACAUCCACAAUUUACCAGUGAACAGCAAGGAGUUCCUGUCCAAUGAGGAGAGUCAGAUUCCUGUGGAUAAAAUCUUCUUCUAUCGGUUCUUCAAGAAGCAAGCGGCCGAGAAGGCCCUGCAACAUCCACAACGACAUGGAGAUAACGAGAGUGUAGAGGAUGUAGACGAUGAUGAGUUUGAAAAGCUUCUCGAUGCAUACGAAGGUGACAGCUACUUCACAGACCUGGGUGUGGAUGAAACAGACCUGGACUUUGCUGGCAAUGUAAAGGCUAAACCUAAGAAGGGUAACAAAGGUGGAGAGGAUGAAUCUGACUCCGACUUGGAUGAUGAACUGGAUGGUGAUCUGGAUGAUGAAGAAGUGUCCCUGGGCAGUAUGGGUGAGGAAGACUCUGGAGACGAACUGGAGGAGGAGGGCGGGGCCUUCAUGGACUCCUUUGGCGAGGAUGAUGAAGAUGAGAUGGAGGUUCCAGACAUCACUCCAUUUUCUAAGUGCAAAAGCAAGAGGAAGGCAUCAGAGGAUCUGGACUUCAGUGGCUCUAUAGGUUCCAAACCGGGGAAGAAAAGGAAAGGAAAAGGGGACACUGGGAUGUUUGCGUCUGCCGAAGAGGUUGGGUUUAUGUUGGAUGAAAAUGUUGGCUCCAAGUUUGACAACAUCGGCAUGAAUGCAAUGGCUAACAAAGACAAAGCAGGUGUCAGGCAGCUCAAGUGGGAAGCCCAGAGGGACGACUGGAUCAGAGGCAGAGACGUGAAGACCUUACGGAAGAAAAAAGCAACAUUUAACAAGAAGAAACAGUUUGGUCAACCAAGGGCUGGCAAAAGGACUUUGAAAAAGAAGCGAUAGUUUCUGGACUUCCAGACCUGUGGUUUCUCGUGUGUUAACAUCAACACAUACCUCUAUGCCUUCUUGGACCAAUCUUCAAGGUCUUUCUCUCGAAUUCCAUAAACCCCAGCAUAUUCAUUAGACUUGUAAUAAACUGGGCAGAAAUGGUUUAUGCAAAAUGAAAACAUUAGCAUACAAAGACAUUGUGUGAUUUACAUUAAGUAACUCAAGAUGAACAAAUGUCACUAAUUUCAUUGCAGUUAAGUUUGGAAUUGAGGAUUCAUUCUUUGAGUUUUUACGUUUAGAAAGGAUUGCACCUGAUACCUUCCAAAACAGAGGGGAGACUGUUGUUCAUACUGUUCCUGAAAUCUGAACAACAAAACACAUUCAGUGGUUUUCCUUGACAAAGAUUAUUUCAAUAAACAUUUUAAUGGUG